ACCCCCGACCCCCCGCCGGGCGCGAUGAGCAGCGUCCCGCCGCACACCAACGGCAUGCAGGGCCUGCGCACGGAGCACCUGUACAAGGUGCUGGUGAUCGGGGACCUGGGCGUGGGGAAGACCUCCAUCAUCCGCCGCUACGUGCACCAGACCUUCUCCUCCAACUACCGCGCCACCAUCGGCGUGGACUUCGCCCUGAAGGUGCUCAACUGGGACUCGGAGACGGUGCGGCUGCAGCUCUGGGACAUCGCAGGCCAGGAGCGCUUCGGGAACAUGACCCGGGUCUACUACCGCGAGGCUAUGGGCGCCUUCAUCGUGUUCGACGUGACGCGGCCCACGACCUUCGAGGCCGUGGUGAAGUGGAAGGAGGACCUGGACUCCAAGGUGAUGCUGGGGAACGGGCGCAGCAUCGCCACCGUGCUGCUGGCCAACAAGUGCGACCAGGGCCGCGAGCUGACCAACAACGGCAUCAAGAUGGACCAGUUCUGCCGGGACCACGGCUUCGUGGGCUGGUUCGAGUCCUCGGCCAAGGACAACCUGAACAUCAGCGAAGCCGCAAACUUCUUGGUGAAGCAUAUCAUGGCCACGGAGAACGACAUCCUGCGCUCGGUGGUUCCCGACACCAUCUCCCCGCACAUCGACGCCGGCCGGGCGGUGAGCUGCUCCGGCUGCCUGAAGUAACCUGGGGGGGGCAGAGACGCUCGGACGGGGGUGGGGGGGAUUCAGAGACGCUCGCUGGGACUCGGACGGCUCUGAAGAGGCUCUUUCUGCAGCACUGAAGCUUUCUGUGGUCAACAAACCCCUGAUCAGCCUCUUCCAUUUACCUGAUUAAGAUGCCAUCCUCACAUUCCAGCCCCCCCCCUCAUCCCUGCCCCCCCCACCGGCCCAGCAGAGCAAACAAAGUCCCCUCUGUCCCGCCGAAGACUCACAACACGACCAGAAACAGACUCCAUGAGGAACUUGCACCUUCAGAGUUGCCAAAGUAGUUGCCUCUCAGAUGAUGUUUGGAUAAAAUACUGUGAAUUCCAAUGGAGAAUAUCAGUCAACUCCAUGGAGAUGUUUUGGCUGGAAGUGUCUUAUCAGAUAUUUUAUUCCACCUGCUCAGAGCCGUCACCAUUCAGGCUCCCAGGAGGAACAACCACUACCACUUGUUCUGGUCCAAAAGUAAAUGCUUUCUGGCAUGAAAUCCAUUCAGAGUUAGUGAUGAUUUUUGGGUCAGAUGUUGCUUUUAACUGGGACCAACUUCUUUUUGGGUUUGCA